UUGGUUGUUUCCCAUAAAUUUACAAUUCUCAUCCUUCCCCUCUGUAACAGUGACCUUUUACAUGCACAACUUUAAGAAUAAAUUAAUUGCUAAGUAUACAAAAGAAAAAGAGAAGACUGGCUUUUUCCAAACCAAUCAUAUAUUUUACUGAACAUAGAAAAAAGAAAAAGAAAAAGAAAAAAUUUCUUGAAAUUUUCACAUCAAAGAUGACCAAUUAUUCUAAUUUAUGCUAAACCGGACCAUCAUCUAUCUUCUUCUUCAGCACCAUCCAAAUCAAAGAUGCCCAGUUGGUUAGAGACUCAGCAUUCGCUUAAAAGGAGGCUGAUCGAAGAGGAUGAUUUUGAAUGGAAACUACCCAACUCAUCAAGAAAUGAUAGUAAACUAUUGUUAAAAUAUGUGGGCGGUGUUGAUGUAAGUUUCUUGAAAGAAGAUCCUUCUGUUGCUUGUGGAUCACUUAUUGUUCUAGAUCUCCAAACUUUUCGAGUAGUUUACGAAGAUUAUUCCCUCGUUCGCCUUCGUGUUCCUUACAUCGCCGGCUUUCUUGCCUUCCGAGAGGUUCCAAUACUUUUACCACUUAUUGAGAAGAUGAAGAAGAGUCAAAAUCCUUUUUACCCACAGUUGAUAAUGGUGGAUGGUAAUGGAAAGCUUCACCCAAGAGGUUUUGGCUUGGCUUGCCAUCUAGGCGUUUUGGCUGAUAUUCCCACCAUUGGGAUUGGAAAGAAUCUGCAUUAUGUGGAUGGUCUGAAUGAAGAUGAAAUCAGAGAACUGCUUCAAGACAGAGCAAGAAAUGGUGAGGAUUUUGCCAAAUUGACAGGACGCUCUGGUUGCAUGUGGGGAGCAGCAAUAAGAGCAACAAGGGGAUCACAUGAUCCCAUAUAUGUAUCAAUUGGUCACAGAAUAUCACUAGAUACCGCCAUCAACGUAGCGAAAAUAACUCGCAAGUAUCAUCUGCCGGAGCCUGUAAGACAGGCUGAUUUAAGAUCAAGAGAAUACAUCAGGAACCAGAAAUCAACAUUGUUAACUAUGGCUGACAGUUCUUGGAAAACAACUACUGCCAUUCAUCUGUUCAAUGAGUUGGCGAGUUCUGAUUUCUUGAGGUUUCUUCCUAGUUACUUGAGGGGGCCGGAGUCUUUAUGUAGAUGGCACUUGACACAUUUGCACACAACUGAUCAAUGUGAGAUCUUCAGGAGUUUCCUAAUCAAGAAAGUUUAUUAUGAGAAUUAUGUUCUCACUGAGGAGCAGCUUUAUGCUAUGGGGCUCGAAGACUUUCUAAUUUCGAACGGAAAAAGAUUACUUAGAUUCUUGAGAGACUGAAGACACUUUUCUUUUUAGCUUUUUUUUUUUUAUAGUUUUGUCUUCCAUCAAUUGCAAUUCUGGAAAAUGGAAACUCUAAUCUUUUUUGAUAUUUUAUGUUUUACGCUAAA